UUUAUGCAGCUCCGCUUCGCUCCUCCUUCCUCCUCAAGUUUGCCAUCUGUACUCGGAAUCUCAGUGCGUCUACAGGUUGAGCGCUCUAGAAACGCAAAGGGUUGGUUUAAAACAAACGCAACAGGUUAUAAGUGCGUUAAUGAAUCCGAGAGCGUUCUCGAGAGGGCGAAAUGUGGGAACAAAAUAACUAAUUAUACCAGCGAUAACGUUUCAGUCAUCACUUAUUUGGAUUGGCUCAUUUAUAUUUGUGUGAAACUCUGCGCGAAAGUUCAUCAUGGUUUCGUUGCUGGAUUUAUGCGCUCUUGUUCUAUUGCUCGUUUGGGGAUAUUGCGUCCUGGCAGACACGGGCUUUACAAACUUUACUCUGGACAACGAGGUCCACUCUAGUUUCAUCCACCGGCGCUUGAAGAGCCAGGAGCGCCGGGAGAUGCAGCGGGAGAUCCUUUCAAUCCUCGGGUUACCGCACCGGCCGCGGCCGCACCUCCACGGCAAGCACAACGCCGCGCCGAUGUUCAUGCUGGAUCUGUACAAUGCCAUGUCCACUGAGGCAGACGAGGAGGGCUUCUCGUACCCCUACAAGCCCGUUUUCACCACUCAGGGACCGCCGAUCGCGACCCUUCAGGACAACAACUUUCUGAACGACGCGGACAUGGUCAUGAGUUUUGUUAAUCUAGUUGAACACGAUAAGGAGUUUUUGCCCAUGAGGCGCCAUCACAGAGAAUUCCGAUUUGACCUGUCCAAGAUUCCGGAGGGUGAAGCGGUGACUGCUGCAGAGUUCCGCAUCUACAAGGACUUCAUUCCAGAGCGCUUUGACAAUGAGACCUUCCGCAUCAGUGUCUACCAGGUGCUGGAAGAACAUUCGGACAGGGAUUCAGAUUUGUUCCUGUUGGACUCGCGGGUGAUCUGGGCAGCAGAAGAGGGUUGGCUGGUGUUCGACAUCACAGCCACCAGUAACCACUGGGUGCUGAACCCGGGCAGGAAUCUGGGCCUGCAGCUGGCUCUGGAAAGUUUGAAUGGUCAGAGCGUGAACCCAUGGGUGGCGGGGCUGGUGGGCCGCAGUGGCCCCCAGAGCAAACAACCCUUCAUGGUGGCCUUCUUCAAAGCCACAGAGGUCCACAUCCGCAGCAUCCGCUCCGCACAGGGCGGCAACAAGCAGCGCAAUCCCAACCGCUCCAAAACCGCCAAGGGCCAGGAGGCACUGCGUGUAGCCAAUAUCGCAGAGAACAGCAGUGCGGAUCAGAAGCAGGCCUGUAAGAAACAUGAGUUGUAUGUUAGUUUUCGAGACCUUGGAUGGCAGGAUUGGAUUAUAGCUCCUGAAGGAUACGCUGCAUAUUACUGUAUGGGAGAAUGUGCCUUUCCUCUCAAUUCCUACAUGAACGCCACAAACCAUGCCAUCGUACAGACAUUGUCUCUCUCCUCCGCAGGCAUCAGCACGAGUCGUGUAGUAUCAGACUGGAUGAUGCAGGACUGUCUGCUCAGGACGCGCAUGAUCCCAGUGAGGGAUGAGGAGGCAGAGUCUCAGAGGAAGGCCAAAUCACGGCAGGCCAGACAGACUCGACGGGCUACACAGGGAGUUACCCUCUCAGAGCUGAUGGAGGCAAAGAGAACCUUCAGCCCGUCAAAGCUGAAUCUGCACACAGGUGAGGCGUGUAGGUCCGCAGAGGGACUGUGUCUUCAGAGAAGAGUCCUUGAGGACCCGACAGAAAGCAACCUGUCUCGGAGGCAGGAACAGCAGGCUGAGAAACAUGAAUGUGACCACCUGGAUGAGGUGAACUUAAGAUAG